AUGCGUACCGCCGCCUUCUUUGCUCUCCUGCCUCUGGCAUUCGCUGCCCCGGCUAAGCGAUCCGCGCCAGCUCCCCUCAUCAAGCCUCGAGGAUCUCAGGUCAUCGAGGGCAAGUACAUCGUCAAGCUCUACGAGAAUGCCGCGAUCACAGCUCUUGAUGAUACCAUGAGCACCUUCCAGGGUGAUGCCGACCACGUCUACAACGUCGAGGGCUUCAAGGGCUUCGCCUCGUCCCUGACGGCCGAGCAUCUCGAGCAGCUUCAAAACCACCCCGACGUUGAGUUCAUCGAGCAGGAUGCUGUCAUGAGCAUCAACGCCUAUGUUACCCAGAGCGGCGCCCCCUGGGGCAUUGCGCGUCUAUCCCACAAGACAGGCAGCAGCAGCUAUGUCUACGACGCCAGCGCCGGUGCUGACACUUGCGCCUACGUCAUCGACACCGGUAUCUACACUACGCACUCGGAGUUCGAGGGUCGCGCUACCUUCUUAGCCAACUACGCCGACAGCUCUAACUCUGACGGUAACGGCCACGGCACCCACGUUGCCGGCACUAUUGGCAGCAAGACCUACGGUGUUGCGAAGAAGACUAAGCUGUACGCUGUCAAGGUUCUCGACUCUAGCGGUUCUGGUUCUACCUCUGGUGUCAUUGCUGGCAUGAACUUCGUUACCUCCGACGUCAAGACCCGAUCCUGCCCGGCCGGUGCCGUCGCCAACAUGUCUCUUGGCGGUGGUUCUUCGUCCUCGAUCAACAGCGCUGCCAAGGCUAUGAUCAAUGCUGGAGUUUUCUUGGCUGUCGCCGCCGGUAACGACAACCAGAACGCUGCCAACUCCUCGCCUGCCUCUGAGCCCAGCGUCUGCACUGUUGGUGCUACUACCUCGUCUGAUGCUCGUGCCAGCUACUCCAAUUACGGAUCUGUGGUUGACAUCUUCGCCCCUGGCAGCUCUAUCCUCUCCACCUGGAACAACGGAAACACUAACACCAUCUCCGGAACCUCCAUGGCCACCCCCCACAUUGCUGGUCUCGGUGCCUACCUCCUAGCCCUCGAGGGCAAGAAGACCCCCCAGGAGCUUUGCAGCUACAUCGCUUCCACUGCCAACAGCGGUAUCCUAUCUAGCAUUCCGUCCGGCACUGUCAACAAGUUGGCAUUCAACGGCGCUCCUUCAUAA